ACUUGUGAUAGCAAUCGACAGUGCGCGCCGACGGCUGCUCUCCUCGCCUUCGUCAUUCUGAAGUUUCAUCUGACAUCGGGGAUUGUUUGAAAUCUGCUUCCAGCGUGUGGUAUGCUCGUCUAGGACAUGGACUUCGUGAACAGAUAAGCAAACAGAGAAGAAGGCGAGCUUGUUUGCGUUGCGUCAUUGUUCUAUUUUCAGGAAGACUACUCUUGUCUAAUCCAACCUGAGAUCAAAAACAUCUUCACAAGGAGGCGGUCCUGUCGGGACAAAACGAAAACUCCUCAGCACGAAACGAAAGUCCGUGGAGAUCACACAAACUGUCGGCUUAUUUCUGCCCGUCGGACAAAUGGCUACGAUCGCUAGGCCCGUCACUGGUGCCCUCAGAUUACAGGGAAAAGUGGCUGUCAUCACGGGAGGUGCAAGCGGAAUUGGGGAAGAGACGGCGAAGACGUUUGUGGCACACGGUGCAAAAGUGAUCAUUGCCGACAUUCAGGACGCUGCUGGAGAGAAGUUGGCACGCGAGCUCGGCGGACCUGACACAGCCCGCUACAUCCAUUGCGAUGUGAGCCAAGAGGAACACGUUGCGGCGGCUGUGGAUCUGAGCGUCAGUGCCUACGGAGGACUCCACGUUAUGUUUAACAAUGCUGGAGUGUCUGGGCCUGGCGGCCCAGUGGACGAAAUUCUAAUGGCGGACUUCGAUCGUGCCUACGGCGUUCUCUUGAAAGGGGCAUUCCUGGGAGUGAAACACGCCGCCAGAGUUAUGAAACCGGAGCAAUCUGGCAGCAUCAUUACCACGUCGAGCGUGGUUGCACAAGUCGCAGGCGGCCCCUUGCCUUAUACGACUUUCAAGGCUGCAUUGUUGGGACUGACUCGCGCUGCAGCUUUGGAGCUCAGGGACUUCAAUAUCAGAGUGAACACCAUUUCUCCUGGUGCGAUCUGGACACCAAUUAUGAACAUCCUCCCUAAGAAUGUACUAGAUGAACUCCAGACCACGUCAUUUUUCCCGGCCAUGAAGACUAGUGUCUCACACAAAAUUGCAGGUCCUGACUGCAUAGCUAAUGCAGCUCUGUUCCUAGCCAGCGACGAAUCUUCUUACGUGAGUGGCGAAGACUUGGCUGUAGAUGGAAGUCACUUGUUGCUUGCUGGGACUUCACUUACAUCAGGACUGAAGUCUUCUAUGAUCGGAAACAAAUCCGGCUCCAAGUAAACAGCCCUUCUUUCAUGGACUACCAAUGGUUGUGCUAAUGCGGAGACAAGUGCAUAACAAAACUAGAUUUUACACAUAAAGUGGGGUUGAUUGUACGAAGAGCCCAGCAAGGGACCACUGCCCCUGAACGUCCAACGAGAUGGGGGCACACUUAACUCAGAGUCUAGCUACUCUCCAUAGACAUGUAUCUGAGCUCUAGGUAGAGUAGCUACUGUAUCUAUUCGACUCCGAGACCAAUAAAUUGACAUCCUAUUCUUUUUCCUC